UUAGAAAGAGAGAGAGAGAGAGAGAGAGAGAGAGAGAGAGAGAGAGAGAGAGAGAGAGUCCACUGAAAGAAUCAAGCAGAGGAAUAGAAAGGAGAGUAGGGGGAAGGGGGGGAAGAAGAAAGAAAAGGAAGAGAAUAAGAAAGCCAAAGGAAAGUAUUAAUAAAUGGCUACAGAGGAGACUGCAGGAGGAGCCCGAAAAGCUACCAAAAGCAAACUCUUUGAGUUCCUAGUCCAUGGUGUGCGUCCGGGAAUGCCCUCUGGAGCCCGAAUGCCCCACCAAGGGGCCCCCAUGGGCCCUCCAGGACCACCAUAUGGGGGGAGUCCCUCUGUUCGCCCCGGGAUGCCAAACACAGUCAUGGAGCCCACAAGAAAGCGUCCGGCCUCCUCCCAGCAGGUUCAACAACAGCAGGCAGCACAGAACCGAGCCAGAAACGCCAAGAGGAGGAAAAUGGCAGACAAGAUUCUCCCUCAGAGGAUUCCAGGGGAUCACAGAAGGAACAGGGUGUUUUGCAAGAUCCGUGAGUUGGUUCCAGAGUCCCAGGCCUACAUGGACCUCCUGGCUUUCGAGCGAAAACUGGACCAAACUAUUAUGAGGAAACGGGUGGACAUCCAGGAGGCCCUGAAGAGGCCAAUGAAGCAAAAGCGUAAGCUGAGGCUGUACAUCUCCAAUACUUUUAACCCUGCAAAACCAGACGCUGACGAUUCUGAUGGCAGCAUUGCUUCCUGGGAACUACGAGUGGAGGGGAAACUACUGGAUGAUCCUAGCAAACUGAAGAGGAAGUUCUCCUCAUUCUUCAAGAGCCUGGUGAUUGAGCUGGACAAGGACUUGUACGGGCCUGACAACCACCUGGUGGAGUGGCACAGAACCCCAACCACCCAGGAGACUGAUGGCUUCCAGGUGAAGCGGCCCGGUGAUGUCAGCGUACGCUGCACUCUGCUGCUGAUGCUAGACUACCAGCCCCCCCAGUUCAAGCUUGACCCGAGGCUGGCCCGGUUACUGGGGAUCCACACCCAGACACGCUCCACUAUCAUCCAGGCACUGUGGCAGUAUGUCAAAACCAACAAGCUGCAGGACUCCCACGAGAAGGAGUACAUCAACUGUGACAAGUACUUCCAGCAGAUCUUUGAUUGCCCGAGGCUGAAGUUCUCUGAGAUCCCCCAGCGGCUCACUAACCUGCUGCUGCCCCCUGACCCCAUCGUCAUCAACCAUGUCAUCAGCGUGGACCCGAACGACCAGAAAAAGACGGCUUGCUAUGACAUCGAUGUGGAGGUGGAGGACCCUCUGAAAGGCCAGAUGAGCAGCUUCCUGCUCUCCACAGCCAAUCAGCAGGAGAUUGCAUCACUGGACAACAAGAUUCACGAGACAAUCGAGUCCAUCAACCAGCUGAAGAUUCAGAGAGACUUCAUGCUGAGUUUCUCCAAGGACCCCAAAGGGUACAUCCAGGACUGGCUCAAAUCCCAGAGCCGGGACCUCAAGGUGAUGACAGACGUAGUGGGGAACCCAGAAGAGGAGAGGAGAGCAGAGUUCUACCAGCAGCCCUGGUCUCAGGAGGCAGUCAACCGAUACUUCUACUGCAAGAUUCAACAGCGCAGACAGGAGCUGGAACAAGCACUGGCCGUGCGCAACACCUAAACCCUUCCUCGCGGAAACAGCAGAACUCCAGUGCUGCAGCAGCACACCCCCGCUUGCCAUCGUCUUCUCACAGUGUUGUGACUUGCCUUGUUUGUCGUCAUGGUAACCCUCUGUUCUGUGUCCUCGGAGCGGGCACUGCUGCUCUGGAUAUCACUGGGAUCUUCUUCGGUGUCAUUGCUCGACCACACAGUUAGAAUGUACUUUCCUUUUUAAAAACAGCUAGUCAUAUGGACAAAAAGAAUACAUACUGUAUGAUACACUCACUGAUUCUAACGCAUGGAACCAUGUGUGCAGGUCUAAGAAAAGGAUCCCUUAAUACUGGCCCCAUUCCCAACUCUUCCUGGAAUGCCUGUUGUAACUUCUCAGUAAAUAAUCCCAUGUCCCACAGAUACUGACUCAAAACGUCCUAUAGCUGACCAAGCCUCUCCAUUACCACAUGAUGGAGCAUGUAUUUAGUUAUUGCAGAAAUCAGGCAUCAUGGAUAGCUGUAAAUCUCACCAAAUUGUUGCUAGUCCAUUUUUUUUCGCCUGUCCAGUGUAGCUAGAGCCAACUUGAGGGACCCGUGAACCCUGUGUGGUUAGGUCCUCCUAAUACCUCACAUUAGCGGAGUGAGUGCGUGGAUAUAUUUGUACUGAAUUAUAUAUAUACAUAACAUAGGUAUCAGUUUGAUCCACGUUGGAUUUUUCCACAGUAGAAUUUGUUUCCUUGUCUUGUGAUUCAUGACUUAAUUAAAAUGAUUGCCCCAUCUGACAAUUUCAGACUCACUGAAGGUCGCUACACACCAGACGCGAUGUGAUCAUUCAUGGGGUGACAAGAUACUUUUGCAGGAACAUGACCAUGCAAACCUGAGUGACACAGAUGCGAUGCCACAGAUUGAUAGCCUAUGUAUAUAUAUUUUUUUUUAAAUACAUAUUUUUAUAUGGGCUCAGUUUCACUCCAAAACAAAUAUAAAGCUAUUAGAAAUUGCUAUUGACAAGACUAUUUCAACAUAUCUUUCAUCUCUGUAUCUUAAUAAUUGCAAUGACCUUUGUCAUAAAGCUCUGGGUAUUUUUCCACAGCAAGUAUCAUUUAUUACUCUGUCAUUUUGAAUACUGCUUCACCCUGGUAGACACCGUGUAUUGAAGCAGUUCUGUGAUUGCUCCAUUCCCUAGUUGUCGCACAAAGAAAUCACAGAAAUGAGGGUUCAAUCCUAUUUAUUUCACAUCGCUCCAGUGAUAUCCCCACGUCACCUGUCAUGUCGCCUGGGGUGUGAAGGAUACUUAUCAAAAGUAUAGGUAGGUUCUAUUCAUUUUGUCACAUCGCGUCUGGUGUGUAGCGGCCUUUAGACACCCGUAUAAAAGUUUACUGAGGAAUUCCAAGAUACAAUAGAAGCAAAGUUAUAUACACAACCAUAUACAGGUAAUGUGAAUUCCAGUAGUUUUGCAGAAAUCCUGCUUGGGUAGCACUUCUUGGCCACAGGAUGGAGCUACCCACAUUCUGGCUUAUGAGCCUCCAUUUUACAUGGAGGACUGUGAAGGUGUGCUGGGGCCUUUUCAAAAAGCAUGAGCUCAUUGUUUAUUAAAGACUGUAUGGCCUAUUCAAUGUAUCUUAAUGGCAGUGCAUCUUAAUACCACCACUGGCCAGCUGCAUGUUAUUCUUUUUAGUUUAUUUCUGUCUGUAAAAGUAUUUUAAAAAGUCGUGAAGGUGUAUAUUUUAGGGAAUAGGGCCAACGGAUGUCCUUGAUGAGAGGCUUUGUCUGUUGUCCCAGAUACUGUAUCUUCAAAGGGCAGAUCAUCUUACAAGCUGGUGUUUUCCUGAACAGAGUACUUUAAUAUUCAUAUUGUGAAGGUCAGAAUAAGAGCCCAGGCUAACUAAGCAUUAAGAAAGUGACAAGUAAAAUGUAUGAUUAUUAAGUGAGUUUUAUAGACCAACAGGGACUAAAAAACAAGAGAUGAGUGCUAAACAGAUUUUUCAUAGCAAAAUUAUUUUGUUCAAUUUACCAUUGCAAACUUGUAUAAGGGUAUCAACAUGUUACAGCAGUAUCUUCCUAUCAUAAAAACGUCUUAAUAAAAUCACGUCACAGUAUUACAAGUGCAACAAGAUAACAGUGCUGUCUCAUAGCUAAUUCACAAAGCCACAAAGAAUCACAACAGACAAAACACUGUUGUGUGGUGGAUGGCAGCCAAAGUGAGGGCUCAAUGGGCCAUUUGAGCAUCACAGUUUCUGCUUAAUUAUUGGUUGUUGGGAAGGGAGGUAUAUUAGCGUGGCACUGUGCAGUAAAGCCCAUAGGUGAAGCAUGGUGCACUGAAUCCUGUACAAUAUAUAUUAUUAUUAUUAUUAUUAUUAUUAUUAUUAUUAGAUAGUUAGUACGCCUAGAUCUGAGCAGAAACCACAGGUAAGAAAUUAAAUAUUAGGAAAAUGUAGAUGAUUUCAUAAGGCAUGCUUAUAACCGCUUUACUCCAGGUGCACCCUCCUGGAGUAAAUAACGAAAACUGGAUUUACAGCUCUCAUUUGAAAUGUAAUUGAGACACCUUUGAUGUUUAGUUAGCGUUACUAAAUGACUGUUGAUUGUACAAGGGGUUUGGAUGCUUGAACUGAGGAGAAAGUAACAGUUAUUACAUUAGCGCCGAUCACUGGCACAGUUAACAGUCACGUUAUGUAUUGAUGAUAAAAACAGACAAGUUGAGUCAAAAUGAAUCAGUUGCCUUUACUUUGCCUUUAACUUUUAAACUCAUAUAGUGUGAAAGAAAGCAUCAUGUAGCACUGAAGGGAUUAGUGGGCCACUAUUGUUUUGCACUGUAAAUAUAUACAACAUGAAUCUCUGUAUAUGAAGGACACAGAGCAGUGAUGGCAAUACCUGGCUAAUGUCACUAGAUUUCCAAAGUAAUUCGACAUUUAAAGAAAGUAUUAGGUUGUUACUAAUAUGUUAUAUGUUGUAAAUGUUUUAGGAUUUGCUUUUUGUUUAGGUUUUUUUAUUUUUUAUUUUCUUUUGGGUGGAUUAUUGUUGCAUUAUUGUUGUGAGUCACUCGUUUGUGUAUUUUUUAUGUUAUUCCCACUGCCGGGUGAUGUAGAUGCUGAUAUUCUGUAAAAGAAAGCUUGAUAUCAGUUAUGCUUCUUGGAAAGGGACAGAGAUUUUGUGUUGAGGAUUAAUGAAAGUUUUUUCCUGAAGCCGUUCGUUCCAGAAAAGUAGGCUUGGUUCACAUGUACAUCUAAACAAACCAAAAAAUAGUAAUUCCACUGUAAUUUGGUCGAAUGUUGUCUUAUGAAUAUGGAGAGGGGCACAGCUGCAGAUGCUGAAGUGAUAGGCAAUGAUGGCCCUGUAUUGUUGCAGAAUUAGCCUGGGUGUACCCUUGGUGAUGUGGUUGUGGUUCACAUUCUCAUAUCACUUGGUGAUGUGGUCUCCACCCCCUAAAACAUUGAAGACAUUGAGAGAGACUUUCAGUUGAAAUGUUUCUUUUACUAUUUCUAAAUGUACCACUAUUGAGUGUUUUAUAGUUAUGGAUGACAAAGGAAAUCAAUCCCUCAUUUACCGAGGCAUUGCUAGUUCCUUUGACUUCCCUUUACCUUCCUUGUUAUCUUGUUGAUCUUUUUGAUCAACAAGAUGCUUUAAAGCCCAGUGGUUCAUACACAUUUAACCAAGAUGAAACACCUACUGGGGGCGGGUCUGGAAGGAGGUUUGGUGGCUGAGUUCAGACUGGAAUACAGAGUCUCCUGGUUUUCAAGCUGUUGUUCAAACUACAAGACUAACCACACUGCGGUGCUCCAGGAGUCUCAGUCAGUGGUCGGGUGGGUCAGUCAUGUAUAGCAGCACUCUGCCACGUGAAAAAAUCCACUUCUCCAUGAUGUUCUCCUGAUGGGAUUUUAUCACUUACAUGAGAAUUCUCCACCCACCUGGAGCCAUCACUCAUGGGACAUGGCAGGCUACUGGAAAGCUUACCGUUUAUCAGUAUUUGAGCAGGGGCAUUAUUCAGUGUCAAAAUUAAAAAAUAAAAAUAAAAACUUUUGUUUAUUGUAUUAAAGUUCUUGUUAAAGAAAGAAAGUUGGGAGUAAUUCUAACAUAAGAACGGAUGAGUGUCAGUAUGGCUUUUUUGCCUUAUCUAUGGAAGAAGACUUCAUGUUGUUACGUAAUGAAUUGACGAGUCAGUGUAGCAAAACUACAUAUAAUUCUGUUAUCUCUGAAACUGCUGCCCUUGACUUGGUAUGUUACUAUUGCUAUAGAAAAAUAGAAGUGCAUUGAACUUACGCUUCCAUGUCUUGUUAUCAACAUGUUUUAAGUAUUUGUUAAUCUUCAGAAAUAAAUACACUACACAAAUCUUAGAUAUUACUUUUUUACCAGUUUACCUUGGGCACAGUGCUAAAGAACAUAACGUUUGACAAGCGCCUAGUAAUUAUUUUCUAAGAAGGGCAUUUUGUGAACUGUCAGUUGACAAAAUUGAAAUUCUUCAAGCUGGAAAAGAUAUUGAUCCUCAUUCUGUAAAGCACAAUAAAGCAUGAUUCAGCUGAACUAGCCUGUCCCAUUUUGAUUGAUCUCAUCAGUGCCUUGCUUCUUUUUCGCUAUUGUCCCAAUAAAGCAAGCACAGCCUUGACUUCCACUCCUAAUUACUAACGUUUUACCUAGAUGGUGAAAUGGGAAGGCAGUAUUAAGAAUUCAGUGUUUAUCUGAAGUUCAGCCUGAGCAUAUCUUGAGCAAUGCCUCAUUUUAUUUGCAAGGGAAAGUUAAAAACAAUAAGCACUUAUAAAACUCAUCCUGAAGUAUUAAACAACAACAAUAAAAAAAAGGUUUUAGAAAUAUUAUUGGGGAAAUCAUGCCACUGGGCACAUCACCUACCACUAAAGCAGCACAAUGCUGGAACUAAAUUUUUGCCUUUUUUUAUUGAGUCUAGCCUUACCGCACUAAUGUGUAAGAGGGAGGUGCCUAGAUUGCUGCUGGUGCCUGAUCUAACUGUAGUCUGUUUCUUGUACACGUGUGUUUACAUUGCUUUCAUAGAAAAGGUUUACAGUAGAAUGUGAAAUUGUGUUCGAAACAGAAUGUCUAUGAAACUAAACUUUUAAAGACACACCCAAAACUGGUAAGGUGAGAUUGCACAACCUAAGCCUGACACAUGUACAUGUUUUUUCAAUUUUUCUUUUUUAAUUUAAUACAAUUUGUUUUUUUUUUAAAAGGGAAAUAUGGCAGCAUCAGGCAACACAAGCAGCUCAGAGGAAUGGACCAGAUUUUAUUUUGGGAAAUUAUGCUUUAACUGCCCUGUACUUAAAGGAGUAGAUUCUCAGUUAUUUACUCCAAAAUGUCAUUUGGGCAAUUUAAAAAGAUUAAAAAAUGACAACUUAAAGAAAAUGCCUGAUGUUUAGGUUGUUUAUUUCUGGGUUGGUGACUCAUUUUGGGUAUGUUUCUUACGAUGUGGAGUAAACGACUUUGAGAAUCUAGCCCAUCGUGUAUAUGUUAAAAAUGUUUAAACACAAGUUAAAAGGUUUAGACUUUACUUUUCUUAUCCAUCUUAUUGCUUUGCAAACCACAAGAUGGUAAACAGUACUUAGCAAACUGUUCUGCUGUGUAUUAGGGCCUAGAUUACAGAUGUGUUCAAGGCUGCCUGGACUGCAAGAUGGGACUCACUACAAAGAAAUGGGGGGUUUCAGUCUAGACGGGCACUGGCCUAUUUCUAAUCACUUGAUGUACUGAGGCUACUUCUGUUCAGUGCCUUGGGUCACUAAUCAUGAAAUCAGUCUAGUUUUGUAUUGAUCAGCCUCAAGCCACCAUGUUCCUCCCAACCAGGACCCCAUGAACACUUAUAGAAAGACAUAAUUAAGAGACUGUAAUUGUAGCUAAUAAAAAAAGAAAGCUUGGGUGAAAAGUGGUAUCUGUAGUGCUAGAUUCUACCAAAGCAUGUAAUGGUCCUGGAAGUUGUGAUCUUGAGUCCUUUGCAUGCAACCUUUCUCCUCUCCGAGGGAUGCAGAGGUCCUAGGCCAUAUAAUUUGGAGCUUGGUGGUCCUGAUGUUGAGUGCCAGCUCUGCCAUGUGCCAAUGUCUCCAACAUUUAUUUUCUAUUUCCCAUUUGAACAAUGCAGCUAAGUGAACCACCUUCUGAGUUUAUCACCUUGUGGCACUUGUAUCUGAGGCACAAGGUGGUUUAGUCAGCAGGCCAGUGGCUGAAUUGGGAUCUCAAACUGGAACCUCUAAGCUCCUGGUCCUCUUCUCUAACCUCUAGGCUAUUCAGCCCUACAAAUGUCCUGUUAUUUUGAGGUUCACUAUUACUAAUAACAAAAUAAAAGAAAAAAACUGCUACUACUAAACAGAUUUCCUUUGAGGUUCAGAAGAGUUUCCUCUUCUAUACGAAAUGUAUUGGUGGUCCAUAACUAAUCGUGUCCUGCUGGCUGUAAAAAUAAAACAUUUCUAGACAUA